UUUGCGCAAGUGCGAUAUAAGGUAUAAAUGUCUUGCAAAAACCGAAAAUCAAUUAGUUGUGAUCACAUACGGAUCCGCAUAACAAGUCUGCUAUCCAAGAAAAACGAAAGUUUUGGCAAAAUGAAAUUUGUUAUCUUCGCUAUUUUCGUUAUGAUUGCUAUGGCUAUGACCCAAGCAGAAACACAACAGUGCAGUCCUUGGCUUCAACUUUGUCAUGUAAAAGAAGAUUGCUGCCGUUACUUGGAAUGUUCAACCUAUCAGGCCAAAUGUGUGCCACAAAGCGGUUUAAUCAUACCUGGACGAGAUAAAAGACCUCUUGGUCCUGGACCAUAUCCACCAAAUGUGCCAAAGGAAUAUUUGGAAGAAUAAUUACUUACAACUUCUUAACAUCUGAAAAAUACUAUUUGCCUCUUUCUAUUUAACCACGAAGCUAUUUUUCUUUUAUAUAUAU